ACUUUCUCUCUCAGAUGGCGCUUUCGAAUUUAGAUUUUGUUGUUCGGUUGUUUACUUUUCAGCUCCGCCUUCAUUCAACAAAAACUAAACGAUCGCUCGAUGCUGAAGGGCGGUGAGGUUGGUGGUGGAAUGCUAACAAAUUGUUAAAAAAUAUUCUUUUAUUCUAAAAAGGACUACCCAAACGAUGACUAAAUUUAUCCCUGUUUUAAUCAAGAGCUGGGUUUGUAAGUCUCGAAUCUUUAUAUUCUCUUAAAUGAACUGUUUUCAAUAUUCAGGUGUGGCGUGAAUGUGGUUUUUACCCUUGUUUAUAAAUAUUGUACAUGUGCUCCCUCCAUCAUUUCCUUAUUCAUCAAGAAUGUUAUUGUUUUUUUCCUUUUGCCGUUGAGUAAUUUAGACAAAACCUAUACACCAACAUCCUGCAUAUUGUGUCACGUCCUAUAAUUAGAACUGAUUUUACGAAACUCUCUGUCUGGCUGAAUUUACGAAACCAUCCACACACACACCCGAUCAAUAACCAUGUAAACAGAAAUAUCCAUGCCAAAUACAACCUGUUGAUAUCCAAAUUAUGUUUAAGUCAAGAAGUAAAAAACUACUUUUUGCUAAAUGCGUAUAAAGAGAAAAUGAGCCAAAUACUCCCGACCUCUCCGGAUAUCUCUCUCUAUAAAGAUGAGGAAAUCCCUCCACACCUCAGAGAAGUAGCUAUUUUGACUGGUUAUCGUUCACCUUCAAGUUCAGCCAAAGAAUGUGCCCUGAGUGUCUUCUUUGCCACUAAUGAAACCUUAAAUUUUUGGACUCACUUUAUUCCAACCUUCUAUUUUAUGUACCAAUUGUUUACAUUCUGGGACAUAUUAAAAGUCAUAUCUGAUUCGUACUACUGGCCAUUUGUGAUAUACAUGUUUACAAUAUGCCUCUACCCACUCAUAAGUGCCCUGGCUCAUACAUUCUGCAGCAUAUCGGAUAUGGCACGCCACGUCUGGUUCUUUCUCGACUACGGCGGCUUAAGUUUAUACGGUUACGGGGCUGGCCUUCUCAUCAAAGCGUAUUCUUUUCCGACCGAAUUAGCCGGAACGCUUUUUGAUAAAUUCUAUUUGGAAGUGUUGGUGUUCUUUUGUAUUGCGUGCAACAUAUCUGCGUGUUUUUCUCGAUUUUUAGAAAAUCUACUUCUCAUCAAAAUAUUUAGACUCGGAGCCUUCGCCUUGCCUUGGAUUUGGGACCAAAUUCCGGUGAUUUACCGAUUGAAUUACAGUGCCGACAUUCUUCCGUCUGCAUUGGAGCAUUACAACUUGCAAUUCUUUUUCUCAUUCUGCAUCGGUUUCUUCUACUCGUCUCAUUUGCCGGAGCGUCUCGCUCCGGGAAAGUUUGAUUUUCUAGGAAAUAGUCAUCAGCUGCUGCAUAUAUCUGGAAUAAUGGCAACUCACCACCAGUUGAGUGCCGUCAUAAUAGAUAUGACACAUAGAAAAGACAUGCUUUUAACUGAGAAACAUGUUAUUCCCGAGUACUGGUCUUUACAUGUUUUUUUCUUAGUAUCAUUUACUAUCUGUAUUACUAUAAUGAUUUUUGUACUGUGGGCAAGACAUUAUGAGAAGAACCGUGAAGAUUUGAAGCGAGACCAAUGAGUUGUUUGUUCUCACUCAAAUGUGAUCAUUGAAAUUACAUUUUGUUAAUAGUAUUAGAGAUUGUUAAGCCUAUCACUCGUUUUAAUCUGUGAGAAUUUAUAACUUUUCGCUCUUUUGACAAUUUAUAACUGUGUUGAUCAUGCUGUUAUUCUUAUUAUGUUUGUACUUAGUUAAAAUGCCUAUUUUUGAUUGAGCACAAUGCAUCAUUUAUUAUUAUUUUCUAAUUGUGUCUAUGUAUAAAAGAUAUGAUUAAUCUUU